GCCGGGGGGCCGAGACGGCGCCGGGGGGCCGAGACGCGGCGGCUGCAGCGGGGGCCGGCGGGUGAGGAGGGGUCGAUGGCGGAGCCGCCGCAGAGCUGCGAGGGGGCCGAGGGCCCGCGGCGCCCGCGUGACCCGGAGGGGCACCCAUGGGUGCGGGUGCGGCGCCUGGACGCCCUGCGACACGCCCUGGCCACCCGCCGCGCCCGCCUGGGCCACCUGCAGCGCCUGCACCGGGGACACCGCCCCCCCCGACGCCCCCCCGACGCCGCCCCCACCCUCCAGGGCCUGGAGGGGCGGCUGGAGGCGGCCCGGCUGCGGGCGCAGGAGGCCGAGCGGCUGGGGGGGCUCUACCGCUGCCUCCGCGCCCACCUGGAGGUACCCCCACCCAUGGGUGCUGGUGGGUUAUGGGUGCUGGGUGCCCUGGGUGGUGGGUCCUGA